GUUGCGCGGCCCUCGGCGCGCUGUUGGGGGCGCCCUCCGCGGCGGGCGGCUCGCCAGGGACCGGCCUCCGCAGCCCGCCGGGCGCGCUAAGGCUGCACUUUCCCUUCGCCAACACCCCCCCACCCCCACCCACCCCCACCGGUUUCCUCCCGCGGGGCGGCAGCGGAGAUUUCCUCUCGGGGAAACUACGCGGAUCCUUCCCGGGGCUCCUCGCCCCGCCCCACUUCUCCGCCCCCUCCCCUUUGCUGGGGAGCCGGUACCGGCCUGCGCCGGGAAGAGGCUCUGGCAGCCUGAGCGGGAGGUGGCGGGGGGCCACGGAGCCGCUGGCCACUGACUCGCUUCGCCAUGUGACGCUGCCCUCCGCCCAGGGACCCCCAUCGAGCCCCCGGCCCGCGCCCGCGCUGGAUCGCGCCGGGCACCAUGCUUCUGCCGGGCCAUGCGCGCCCGCCGCCCGCGCCGCAGCCCGCGCAGCAUCCUGGACUCCGCAGGCAGGUAGAGCCUCCCGGGCAGCUCCUGCGCCUCUUCUACUGCACUGUCCUGGUCUGUUCCAAAGAGAUCUCAGCGCUCACGGACUUCUCUGGUUACCUAACCAAACUCCUGCAGAACCACACUGCCUAUGCCUGUGAUGGGGACCAUUUGAAUCUACAGUGCCCUCGGCAUUCUACGAUAAGUGUCCAGUCGGCCUUCUAUGGGCAAGAUUACCAAAUGUGUAGCACCCAGCAGCCUGCCUCCCAGAGGGAAGACAGCUUAACCUGCGUGGCACCCACAACACUGCAGAAGGUGCUGGAUGAAUGCCAGAACCAGCGUGCCUGCCAUCUCCUGGUCAAUAGCCGUGUUUUUGGACCUGACCUUUGUCCAGGAAGCAGUAAAUACCUCCUGGUCUCCUUUAAAUGCCAGCCUAAUGAACUAAAAAACAAAACCGUGUGUGAAAACCAAGAGCUGAAGCUGCACUGUCACCCAUCGAAAUUUCUCAACAUCUACUCUGCGAGCUACGGCAGGAGGACCCAGGAGCCAGACAUCUGCUUCUCAGAAGCAGAGCGGCUCCCCCCUUUUGACUGUCUGUCUUACUCAGCUUUGCAAGUGUUAUCCAGGAGGUGCUACGGGAAGCAGAGAUGCAAAAUCAUCGCCAACAAUCACCAUUUCGGGAGCCCGUGUCUGCCGGGAGUGCAAAAAUACCUCUCCGUCACCUAUGCCUGUGUUCCCAAGAACAUACUCACAGCGAUCGAUCCGGCCGUUGCUAAUCUGAAACCUUCUUUGAAGCAGAAAGACGGUGAAUAUGGUAUAAACUUUGACCCAGGCGAAACGAGGGUUCUGAGGAAAGACGGAGUUAUUGUUAGCAACUCUCUGGCUGCCUUUGCCUACAUCAGAGCCCACCCAGAGAGAGCAGCCCUGCUAUUCGUGUCCAGUGUCUGCAUCGGUCUUGCACUCACAUUGUGCGCCCUGGUCAUCAGGGUGUCCUGCACCAAGGACUUCCGGGAGCUGCAGCUGGUGAAGGAGCACCUCGUGCCAGGAAGUGACAAGGCUGAGGAAGACAGUGAGGAUGAAGAGGGGGAGGAGGACUCUUCAGACUCUGAUUUUCCAGGGGAACCGUCUGGGUUUUGUAGGACUACGUAUCCUGUCUACAGUUCCAUAGAGGCUGCAGAGCUGGCCGAAAGGAUUGAGCGCAGGGAGCAAAUCAUCCAGGAAAUAUGGAUGAACAGUGGUUUGGACACCUCACUCCCGACAAAUAUGAGCCAGUUCUACUGAAAAAGAGACACAUCUUAUGCGAUCACACUUUCUGAAGAGGGAAGGAUCCAAAAUGCCCCUCCGGUUCUAUUUCACUCGUACCUUCCAUGAAGGAGUAUUUGUUAUGUCAUCCAAUACCAGAGAAGCCAGAAGCUGUUAAAGGGACCUUUCAAACUGUUUACAGCACAUUCAAAAUAAAUUAGGAGGGAAGUCUU